AUGGGUAUUAGCCGUGAUAGCCGUCAUAAACAUCGAGCUACUGGUGGUCGUAGACCUAUAACAGUUAAGAAGCGUAAAUAUGAGUUGGGACGUCCUGCUUCAAAUACAAAGCUUGGAUCACCACGUAUAAGAGUAGUUCGUUGUCGUGGUGGAAAUAAGAAGUUUAGAGCUUUACGUUUGGAUAGUGGUAAUUAUUCUUGGGGAUCACAAGGUAUUUCAAGAAAGACCCGUAUUUUAGAAGUAGUUUAUAAUGCCUCUAAUAAUGAAUUAGUUAGAACUAAGACUUUGGUUAAGAAUGCCAUAGUUGUUAUUGAUGCUACUCCAUUCCGUCAAUAUUAUUUACAACAUUAUGGUGUAGAAUUAGGAAGACGUAGAAACAAAUCAGAUGAUAUUACAGAUUCCCGUGCUGAUAUUCAAAGUGGAAGUAGGCAUGUUUUGGCUACUAAGAAGGCACGUCUUGAUAAUAAUGUUAUUGAUCCUCUUGUAGAAGAACAAUUUACAAUUGGUAGAUUAUUAGCUUGUAUUUCUUCACGUCCAGGUCAAUGUGGUCGUUGUGAUGGUUACAUUCUAGAAGGUAAAGAGCUUGAAUUUUACAAAAGGAAACUUGAAAAGAAAAAAGCUGCUAAAUAAGUUACUAUCUAGAAAUAACUAGUAGACUUUUACAUUAAUUUUAAUUAUUUU